AUGAGAGGCUACGCUCCUUACCAGGACUCAUCUGUAUCUCAGGAGAUACAUUUCUUAUCUAUGGAAAAUAUAUUAACUUAUUCCUGUCUAAAAACUAAAAAUCAAAUAUUUGAACCUUCAGAAAUACCAGAGCCCCCAGCAGCUAAGCCCUACGCCGCUAAGGUUACCAAGGACUCGAUCAACUUAGUAUGGCCUGGUACAACCUACGAUGGAGGUGCUGCAGUAACUGGCUACCAUGUAGAAAUGGCCCCAGCUGGCACAAACAGCUGGAAAACAGUCACCAAGGAUGUUUUCAGUACUAGCUAUAGCAUCAAAAGUCUUAAAGAAAAUGACAAACUGAUUUUCCGCGUCAGUUGUCUUAAUAGUGUUGGUAGCAGCAAACCCAGUGAAGUGUCAGAGCCCAUUGUGGUAGCAGAUACUGAAGAUGAGAUGGCAUUCCAGCCCAGACAGAUUGAAUUCAAAACAACUAAUGUCAAACAGUUUUAUGAUAUUAAAGAUGAGUUGGGAAGAGGUAAAUUUGGAACAGUAAAUAGGUGUGUAGAGAAGAGUUCCAAAAGAACAUUUGCAGCAAAGUUCAUCAAAGCUGAAAAACCAGCUGAUAAAAAGGAGGUGGAACAUGAGAUAGAUAUUAUGAAGAAACUGCAGCAUCCUAAACUUCUACAGCUGUAUGAUUGCUUUGGUUCUGGAAAUAACAUGGUUAUCAUUCUUGAAAUUGUCUCUGGAGGAGAAUUGUUUGAGCGAGUUAUUGAUGAGGAGUUUGAUCUGACUGAGAAGGACUGUGUUAUGUUCAUGACACAGAUAUGUGAAGGCAUGCAAUUCAUGCACGAAAAGAAAAUUAUACAUUUAGAUAUGAAGCCAGAGAAUAUUCUUUGUGUUCGUAAAAAUAGUAACAAAAUCAAAAUCAUUGAUUUUGGUCUGGCUCAAGAAUACACAGAUGGACUGAAAGUUUCUUGUGGUACCCCUGAGUUUCUUGCACCAGAGGUUGUAUCAUUUGACCCAGUCAACACCAACACUGACAUGUGGAGUGUGGGAGUUAUUGCAUAUGUUUUAUUGAGUGGUUUGUCCCCCUUCAUGGGUGACACAGAAGGUGAAACAAUGACGAACAUUCUUAAAGUGGAAUGGGAUUGGGAUGAUGAAUGCUUUGAUGACAUUUCAGAUGCUUCAAAAAAUUUCAUUGAAUGUUUACUCCAGAAAGAUCAAGACAAAAGGAAUUCUGCUGCACAGUGCUUGAAACAUGAUUGGCUAAUUAAAGCUGGUGCUGCCUCCUCAAAAGCCAUCUCCAAGGCAAAACUGAAGAAAUAUGUCAUCAGGAGAAGAUGGCAGAAAGCCAUCAACGCUGUGCGUGCCAUGAUCCGUGUCAAAUCGAUUGUUUAGAUAUGCAUCAUCAUCACCAUCAUCCUAAUUAUUUAUUGGCAGGAGAAUGCUGUUGAUCUUGGCCUGGUGUAGGGUUUUCCCAUGUUGAUUUGUCAAUCAUUUUGCAAUGACAACCAGUCAGACCGUGUCCAAUCAUUGGACAUCAGUCAACAAUUCACAAAUUGUUUUAAUGUUUUUUAGGCAGGGAUGAUAGAGUUCUGAUAACACAUUGUUCAGAUGAUUUUUUUAAACAACUUUAUUCCAGUUUUCUUUCUCAUAAGUAGAUUAUUAUGUAUUUAAUGUCUCUAUUUACUUAAUUCUUAAUGAGAAUUCAUUCACUUUGUAUGUUUUGAGUUAGCAUUUUUUUCAUAUUAUGAGCUUAAAGCCUUCUGGAGAAUUGCUAAUUAAAACAUGUACAUAUAUUUUUUUUUCUCUUAUUUCUAUUCUUUAUGAUCUUGUGCAAAUAAUAACUAUGAUGUUAUCAAAUUUUCUCAUCUAUUGUGAAGUAUUGUCUGUACAUCUUGUGUUUGUAUCUUUUAUAGUAGUUAGAAUGUAAGCUUGAUAUCAAAUUGAAAAUAGUAUAAGGAAUAAUAUACAGUAAUCACAGCUUCAUCGGUAAGAACAAAUCAUUAUGGUUUUUAUUUUGAGAAUAAAAACUUGAUAAAUGCAGAACUACGAUUGGUUGUCUCAAACAGACACUAUCAAAACUGUUCUAAAAAAUAAUUGAAAAUAUAUGAUUUAUAGUUAGUAGGCUAUAAAACUGAUUUUGAAUUUCUAUUUAAAAAAGAAAAAAUGCAGCUAGUAAAACAAAGUAUUUCUGCAAACUGACUUGAUACAGAAAAGCUUUAACUACAACCUUCCAACAUUCCCUGUUGCUUGUAUAGCUCCACAUUUCUAAAUUUUGUUUUUGCCGAUGAAAUUAAAGGACACUUUGUUGAAGCUUGGGCUGCAACUGUUUAUUUUUCACUUGCUGUCCAACCUUGGCCUACAAUGAGGAUUAUACAUUGAUUGAUAAAAAUAUGCACACAAUUGUAAAAAAGAUGGAGACCUUGAAAAACACUUGAUUUCAUUGAUGAAACAUAAGAUUCUAAUGCUCUUGUUUAUAUCUAGCUUAGGUGUGCAGUUUUGAUAUUUAUUACAAUAAUAGACAAAAAUGAUGGAUAUUUUCUGAAAAACAGAAGCAGAUAUUGUGGUUGAUUUCAAACUUAAUCUACAAGAGAUUUUCAUCUAUUUAAUUGAAAUAAGUUGUAAGCUAAUUGCGUGAAUUGUUGUGGACAAAUUCUUAGCUCUGUAAAACUGUUCCCAACAGUUUGAGAUUAAAGGAAAUAUGGUUUGGAAACUG